ACCCUGUGUAUAUCAUGUUAGACAUUACUAUUGGCAGAUAACUAGAAUAUAUAUAAAGUGCACGGGCUAUUGUUUAGGUUUUUUUAUUUUAUUUUAUGAGCGUAAGCUAAUAAUGUUAAAUAACGUUAUUUGUGAUUAACUAGUGAUAUAUGUAUGUAUGUAUGAGCGAUACUGAAAUAACUUUGAAGACAUUUCAAAAUCCAAUAAUAAUCGUAAUGGAAACAGCCUAAAACACAAAACUGAAUAAAAUCUGUGUUAAAGCUUGCGAUGGCGAUAUAGUGGCGUUGGAGUGUGUUACAUUUGUUGAAGGAUUGGACCAAAAAUGGUUUAUUCAAGAACGCUUGUUUUAAAAAUAAUGAUGUGAAGGGACAUAUAAAUUAUGAAACAGAAAUCAAAACAAGUAGUUAUAAUAACAUAACAAAUAUAAUUUAUAAAAGACAACCUACAACAUAUUUGGAGACUAAUAUGGCAAACACAAUAUCCAUUAUGUCCAAUGCCAUACGAAAUGUAGUGAGCAAGAAACGCAUACGUUACAAGGAAAAAGGAUUUAAUUUGGAUCUAUCCUACAUUUGCCCAAAUAUUAUUGCGAUGGGAUACCCUGCGCCGGACAAGCUAGAAGGCAUAUACAGAAAUCGCUUAGAUGACGUAUAUAAAUUUCUGGAGGAAAAUCACAGAGGUCGUUACAAAAUCUAUAAUCUAUGCCUAGAGCGCAGUUACGACACUAAUAAAUUUCAUGGGAGAGUUGCUAUUUACCCGUUUGAAGAUCAUAACCCUCCCACCAUUCAGUUGAUGCAACGUUUUUGUCAUGAUGUUGGGACUUGGCUCAAUGCAGAUCCAUUAAAUGUUGUAGCCGUGCAUUGCAAAGCUGGAAAAGGAAGAACCGGUACCAUGAUAUGUGCAUAUUUAGUUCAUAGUAGAUUGAUGAGAACAGCAGACGAAGCCUUGGCUUAUUAUGAUGAGAAACGUACGAUAGAUAAAAAAGGAGUUACAAUUCCAUCUCAACGUAGAUAUGUUCAGUAUUAUUCAAAUUUAAUCCCAGAUGUACAGUAUAAAGUUAUCAGUCUUUACGUCUGUGAAAUUCGUUUUACUGAGACAAACAUCUUGCAUAAUCUUGGUACAGUGCAAUGUUCGAUUUCUGACAUGCAGGACUCUGCAACAGAGAAAGUGAAGCCGCAUCGACUGAAAACGUGGACGAUUGAUUUCCAAAAAUCUUGUAUAUUGGAUAUAAGUACUUCGCCAUUAGCAGUAGCUGGUGAUAUUAAAGUCGAACUCACCCAAAAAUCAUCAAGGAAGAUGAUUUGCCAAUUCUGGCUUAAUACAUCCUUUGUGCAAAAAAAUUCGGCUUGCGAUACCGAUGGACCUACAGUAAAAUAUAUGUAUACUUUAAAUAAAUCCGAAAUUGAUGGUGCACAUAAAGACAAAGAUCACAAAUCGUUUUCGGAGGACUUUAAGAUCUCUGUUGUAUUUGAAGAAGAAAAACGUUCCGAAUGUGUAAGCGCUGAACCCACUGUAAAAAAUAAUUGGAGCAGUAAACGAAGCUCGGAUAAUUUUCCUGGUGAUAAUGAUAAGAAUCUAAACUGUGAGGGUUCUGAUUCAAACUCUCCGUCCUCAAGUCGUUUUUUCGAAAGUCCAUUUCAUAACAGUGAUGAAAGAGGUGGAACUAAAUCUCACCAAAUAGAGCAUAACAGAAAUAUUACUAAAAAUCAAUUUAAAAAAUCCACUAUCUCAAAAUUACCUGCGUUGGCAUCGAAACGCAAACAGUCUUCAUCAAAAUCCCCAUUAGGCGUUAAUAAUACCUCGUCAAGCAAGGACAUCAAAAAGCUGCUUAUUUUCAAUCAACCGUCCGUAACACAAAUCGAUUCAAGCAAGUGGCAUAACGAUUCAAAUACAGUGCAUGAAAAUAGCCCCGAGGGUCGGCGUAUAUUUGAUUGUUGUACUAUUCCUAAAACUACUGUCGAAUCAGAAAGAAUCUUCGGACAGAAGUCAUACAAUUCUUGUAAACGAUCAUCUCCAGAUUUGUUCCAUGGUGGUGAAGAAGGCGACGAAGAUUGGGAAUCCGGCGAAUCAACAUAUCUUUAAUAGAAGUGUAUUUUGGACCUAUAAUACUUGGAGAUCUACAGAAAUUUAAAUUUAAGCUACUAACAUUUUUCAUUAAUGUAUCUGAGUUUGUACAUAUAUAGAUUUUAAGUAGGUUUAUAAUUAUAAAGUAAAUUUUUCUUUGUAUGAUUACUUUAUGACGUUAAGUAAGAAUAAUAAAAUACAUAGUAAUUUGUUAUAAAAAGAAGCAAAUAAAUAUUCGGUUUAAC